AAUCAUCUGCCCAAUUUUGGCAGCCCUGUCAGUGAAUAAGUAGUGUCUAAAAUCGGGAUCGGCGGGUGUGAUCCUCGGAAAGCAAUGAUUCCAUCGGGAAGCAUCGACCAUUUCCUCUCUAAAUUUCACUACUAAGUCCAUUGGCGUUUAAGAUCGACACUGUGAAGCUAUGGAGUUGCUCCAAGACCAGCUGGCCGUGGCCGGCUUCCAUGUGGCCCAAGUGGAUGGGGAUUGGUUGGUCAUCACCAGGUCCCAGUUCGAUUGGUGGCUCAAGGCCGACACGCCUUAUCAGACGCUGUCCGUCCUCUAUCAUGGUCCUUCUCAGCGAUACAUGCUGCGCGCAUUGGGUCGAACCACGGAUCAAGGCACCUUGAGCUCGCCCCACACGCUCGUCCAGUUUUGCGCUCGCCUCAAGACCCAAAGCGCGUGCCUGGGCAUCACGUCACCCAAGGCGGGCUCGUUCCCCUUGUCUUGCCAAUUCUCGGUCCAUUGCUCGCAUUAUGCCGAACCCAAACCCGGUUCAGAACAACAACAACAACAACAACAACAACAACGACGAUGCUCGGCUUGUCAUCAGGCCUCCAUUGAUAAUGUGCAUGGAAAUCGAGACCCGGAGCACGAAAAUGGAAUCAAAACCGAGCCCGAGGUGACCCUGGUGGACAGUCCCAAGGUCGAGGCGGACCCUGUCCUAGAUCCGGCUGAGGACGCGCUCACGCUCAAGAUCGAGACGCAGGACAUUCUGGACAUGAUUCAAACCAAAGAAGCCACCAUCCCCUCGGUUUUCCAAGACUUUGAGAGCCAGAGUGGUCGGUCAGUAGUCCCUCUGCGGUCUCGACCCUCGCGUCAAGCCAGCCUGAGAGCCCGGCCCGCCAUUCACCAGGCCAUGAAACACAAGCCACCCAAGAUGCGUCCAACCCGGGGGAUGGACCUGGAUGAAAGCCGACAAGUCUUCCCAGCCCCAGUUCAAGCCCAGCCUCGGCCUCAGCGACGAGUCAAACCCGUCCCUUGGGAGCAGGGUCGCCCGUGUACCUUAUGUGAUAAAGUAUUUUACCAAAGAAGUCUAUAUUACCGACAUUUGCAAAGGAAGCACUUUGGGGGUCGGUACGUGUGUCAUUUGUGUCGGGUCAAACUCCCCGUACCCCAAGCUGUGAUGGAGCAUCUUUUGGCGGAGCAUCCUGGAUCGCCGCUGGAAGCUCAUUGCCCUAAUUGUCAAGUGAUGGUCAAUUUUGACGAGGACCCUUUAAUCCUGGGGCAGCAUUUUCUCAAAUGUGUUCAAGGACGGCAAAAAGUGGCCAAGCCUAAACCGCCACCGGAAAAGAAGCCGGUCGUGUGUCCAGAUUGCGGCAAGGUGUUUUCUUCCAUGGCGUCAAUGCGAGUGCAUGUGAAGAAGUUUCACUCCACGGACGUACCCGUGUGCCACAAAUGCGGUUUUGUGGCCACGGAUCCUCGUAAGCUCAAGAAUCACUUGAGAGCCAAGCACAAAGAGGAAAUUGAGCUCUCCGAUCAGAACGACAAUGACGACGAUGGACCCGCUCUCUGUCCGUACUGUGCGUGCACUUUGGCCAAUGCUUCUGGUCUCAAACGUCAUUUGAAAGAAAAUCACGAGACCGUGAAAUGCCCUGAAUGCGAUGAAGAAUUCCCCAAAGUGCGUCAAUUGCAGGCUCAUCGAGUUCGAGUUCAUCAACACGCUGAAUUUAAAUGCGAAGUAUGCUCCAUGUUGUGCGUGAACCACGGCAUGCUUCAACGCCAUUUAAAGAUCCAUGUACCUCCGACAUUGAAGUGCAAAUUCUGUGAGCGCAUGUUUCGUAACUUGGAGGGGGUCAAAAAUCAUCAGCGAAUGCACACGGGCGAAACUCCCUUCAAAUGCGACCUGUGCGAUUUUGCUGCCAAAUCUUCGGCUACUCUGUGUUCGCACAAGAAGUUCAAACAUUUCGACGGGAAAUCGCCCAGGGUGAUCAAGCGGAAGCAGGUUGAGGAUAAGAUUAAUAGCUAUUAAACUGCAUCGGGUGAACACCCCCCCNNNNC